AUGGCACCCGCCGCCAUGGUCGAAGAUGCGGCCACGCAUUAUCCCACCUAUUCCAAAGCGUCGACCGUCAACGCUUCUGUUCUGCAUGGCCCUCGCGAUCUAAGAUUGAAUUGCAGGGGAGCGAGCGAAAACGAGAACGGCGGUUUUGUGUACGCGUUCAAGGUAGCUUGCAUGGGCUCCGCUAAAAUUGACUCUUUCUUGCGACAGGAGGUCAGAAACCUUGAAGACCCUGGCGAGGGCGAGUUGCAAAUUGCCAUCAAGGCCACAGGCAUCUGUGGCUCCGAUGUGUCGUACUACAAGAAAUUCGCCAAUGGCGACCUGUGCGCCUGCAUGCCACUUUCUCUCGGCCACGAGUCUUCCGGUAUCGUUGUGGCUAUCGGUCCUCGUGUGUCUGGUUUCAAAAUGGGCGACCGGGUCGCUCUAGAGGUCGGGGUUCCUUGCGGAAACUGCACCAUCUGCAGACGUGGUCGCUACAACCUGUGCAAAAAGAUGCGGUUCCGAAGCAGUGCGAAGAGUGUACCGCAUUACCAAGGUACCCUCCAGGAGCGGAUCAACCACCCUGCCGACUGGUGCCACAAGCUCCCUGACCAUGUUUCUUUUGACGCUGCUGCUCUACUCGAGCCUCUUUCGGUUGCCAUUCACGCCGUCAACCGUGCCAACCCACUGCCUGGAUCCACGGCUUUGGUUACCGGUGCCGGCACCGUUGGCUUACUGACAGCCGCCGUCGCGCGCAAUUCGGGUUGCUCCCAAGUUACCAUCAUGGAUAUCGAUGCCGGCCGUGUGAGAUACGCGCUCGCCAAGGGUUUUGCUACGCACGGUUACGUCGUGCCACGACCCUUCCACAACACGUCAAGCAGCUCGUCAAUAUUUACAGCAAGCUCGGGUGUGUCCACACCUGCCGAGUCGGGAACCACGACACCGGCCAGUUUCUUGUCAUUUUCCUCACAGCUCGAGAGCGCCAAGAAUAUCGCAGGCGAGUUGCAGGGUUUGACCAGACCGCCACCGCACUUGUUGUAUGAGGACGAUGACGAGGGUUUUGAUAUCACCUUUGAGUGCACGGGCAAAGAGGUGUGCACACACAUUGGCCUGUACGCGACAAAACCGGGCGGCAGACUUGUCAUGGUGGGCAUGGGCACGCCGAUUCAGAACCUGCCCAUCUCCGUCGCCCACCUGCGCGAGAUUGAUAUACUCGGCAUCUUCCGCUAUGCCAACACAUAUGCUGCAGGCAUUCGCAUGAUGUGUUCCGGAAUGCUCCCAUCUCUCGACGACAUGGUCACACACCGUUUCAAGGGUCUGAAGGAGGCCAAAGAUGCAUUCGAGAUCGCCAGUGGCACGAUGGACGACGAGGGUAACCUUGUCUUAAAGGUGGUCAUUGAGUCGUCGGCGGACUAA